AUGUCAGGUAAAACCGCAGCCAGCCAUGCCGGCGUGAAAAGGAAAAGAGACCCCAAUAAGCCCGAACGCCGCGAAUCCAAAUCGAAAAGCCGGCGCAAGUCACCCAGCGAAGAUGGCGACGACCCGCAAGCCGAAAUUCUACAGCUCGAAGCACAGAUCCUAGAGUCGCGGAAACACUACAACAACAUUGCGACUCUGUUGCAGCUAGCCCGACAGACCGACGCCGAGAAUGAAGCCCCAAUACUGGCCGUCGUUGCGCUGUGCCGAGUAUUUUCACGACUGCUUGCGACUGGAGACAUGGUAAAGAGCAAGGGCAUGGGCGAAGCAGAGGCAGUGAUUGCAUCAUGGUUGAAGGAGCGAUACAAGGAGUUUUUAAGCCUGCUAUUGAAGGAUUUCCUGCAGAGCGACCACCCAGCGAAGCAGUCAGUCGCACUCACACUGCUGAUGCGCUUGGUGCAGGAAGAAUCCAAGGCGGACAAGAACUACAGUGUGAAGAAUGGACCACUAUUGAAGCUUGUAGAGACCUUGCUUUUCCUCCCCGCGGACGAUCCCAACCGAGACGAAUUUGCAGAAAAAUACUUCAAGCAGUUCGACGACAUACGAUACCACACCUUCCAGACAAUCAAAACCGUCAUGGAUCUCGACCUCGAAAUGCCCACCAGACACCUCGUAGCAGCCAACUGCCUCUCCCUCCUCUCCACCCUCUCCGAAGUCCCCAAAUCCCAAUCCGAGAUCCAAAACUUCCACACACAGUCCAAAGCAAAGAGCCCCAUACCCUCCCUGCGCGCCUACAAGGAAAAAGCACAAGAAGCCUGGCUAGCCACAAUGCGCGCCGGCCUCUCGAAAGACCAACGCAAAACCAUCCUCUCAUCCUUCUCCCACCAAAUCGCUCCAUGGUUCCAGCAACCAGAGAUGCUCAUGGACUUCCUCACCGACUCGUACAACGUCGGCGGCGCAACGUCCCUCCUCGCAUUAUCAGGCUUGUACUACCUGAUAUCAGAGAAGAACCUCGACUACCCAUCAUUCUACCUGAAACUCUACUCGCUUCUCGACGACGGCCUUCUGCAUUCAAAACACCGCUCCCGCUUCUUCCGCCUGCUGGACACAUUCAUGUCCUCGACGCACUUACCCGCCGCGCUCGUCGCGAGCUUUAUAAAGCGCCUUUCGCGCCUGGCCCUACACGGUCCGCCCGCCGGCAUCGUCGUCGUCAUUCCCUGGGUGUACAACAUGUUCAAGCGCCACCCGGCGUGCACGUUCAUGAUGCACCGCAAACUUUCCCCCGCACAACUCUCCGCCCUCGACGAGAUGGGUAUGGACGACCCGUUCAGCAUGGCCGAGCCAGAUCCCGUGCUGACCAACGCCAUCGAGUCAAGUGUGUGGGAACUAGAAGCCUUGCAGGCGCAUUAUCACCCCAAUGUCGCCACGCUGGCGAAGAUUAUCAGCGAGCAGUUCACAAAGAGGAGUUAUAACCUCGAGGACUUUUUGGAUCAUAGUUAUACCGCGCUGCUGGAUGGCGAGUUGAAUAGGGAGUUGAAGAAGGAUCCGGAGGUCGAGUUUGAGAUUCCCAAGAGGAUUUUCACGGCGGAGGAGGGAAUGGGGAACAUGGGGGCGUUGUUCGGCUUGGUUGUUGAGGCAAGAUAG